AUGAAAUUUCUUGCAUUAGUCCUUGCUUCCAUCGGCGCCGUUUCGGCUGGUUACAUUUCGCCAGGAGGUUACUCUGCACCAGUCGCGGGGGGAUUUGGCGCUCCCGUGGCCGCUGGAUAUCAUGCUGGUGGUGUCGGAGGAUAUAGCUCUCCUGUCGUCGGAGGGUAUAGCGCUCCGGUCGUCGGAGGCUACAGCGCUCCCGUUGUCGGAGGAUAUCAUGGUGCAGUCGGUGGAUACAGCGCACCAGCACUUGGAGGAUAUCAGGCUGCAGUGACUGCUGCUCCAAUUGCUGCCUCCUCUCUUGGCUAUUCAGCUCCUGGUUUUGGUUACAAUGGACUCAAUGGUGGCUAUGCUGCACCAGGCUUUGGUUACAAUUUCUUGAAGAAGAAGAAGGCUUCCGCUUAA